CUCUGGGCAGCCAAUCAGAAGUUAAGGCUCGGUCCCUAUAUAAACCCAGUGUAACUCGCUUUCACUGAGUUUGUCCUUCUCUGUCUGUCAACCAUGGAUCCUCUUAUGCGCUCCCUUUUUUUGUUGGGGGCCCUGGCCCUGACAGAGACCUGGGCAGGCUCUCACUCCAUGAGGUAUUUCUACACCGGCUGGUCCCGGCCCGGGCUCGGGGAGCCGCAGUUCAUGGCCGUGGGCUACUUGGACGAUAAGCAGUUCGUGCGCUUCGACAGCGACAGCGCGAGUCAGAGGGCGGAGCCGCGCGCGCCGUGGAUGGAGAAGGUGGACCAGGAGGACCCGGGGUACUGGGAGCGGAACACGCGGAACUUCAAGGACUCAGCACAGAUUUACCGAGUGAGCCUGCAGACCCUGCGCGGCUACUACAACCAGAGCGAGGGCGGGGUCCACACCAUCCAGGCCAUGUACGGCUGCGAGGUCUCCCCGGACCUGACCUUCAAGCGCGGGUUUCGACAAGACGCCUACGACGGGCACGACUACAUCGCCCUGGACACGGAGACCUCCACGUGGGUGGCGGCGACGAGGGAGGCUGAGAACACCAAGCGCAAGUGGGAGGCGGACAGGAGCAUCGCGGAGAGAGAUAAAGCCUACCUGGAGGAGACGUGCGUGCUGUGGGUGAAGAAGUACCUGGAGAUGGGGAAGGAGACUCUGCUGAGGGCAGACCCGCCUUCUGCCAGAGUGACCCGGCACACUGCCCCCGAUGGGGAGGUGACCCUUCGGUGCCGGGCCCAGGACUUCUACCCUGCGGACAUCUCCCUGACUUGGCUCAGGGAUGGGGAGGAACAGCUGCUAGAUACAGAGUCCAUUGAGACUAGGCCUGCAGGAGAUGGGACUUUCCAGAAGUGGGCAGCUGUGGGGAUGCCCUCAGGCCAGGAAGGGAGAUACACCUGCCGAGUUCAGCAUGAGGGGCUGCUUGAGCCCCUCACCCUGAAAUGGGAGCCAGAGUCCUCAUCCAUCUGGGUCAUUGUGGGGGGCAUUGCUGUUGUCCUCCUCCUCAUUGCAGUCACUGCUGGAGUUGUGAUCUGGAGGCACAAGAAGUCAGGUGGAAAAGGAGGGAACUAUGUUCAGGCUGCAGGCAAUGACAGUGCCCAGGGGUCAGAUGUCUCUCUUACAGCCAAAGCUUGAGAGCAUUGCCCUCUGUGGGCUUGAGAAAGAAAACAAGGACAUUCAAGUCUCCAGUUCCUGCCUUGUUCCCUUUGUCCUCUGGCUUCUCUCCAGCUCUGACCCCAGGAAUCAUCUCUGUUCUCUACUGGCCCCACCCCAGGGAAGCACCAUCAAUGCCCUCAGCCUAUUCUCUAAGACCCCCCCCCCCCUGCUGCCUCCUUUCUUUCUGCCUUCUCAUUCUUCAAGGAGACAACCAGCAGUCAGGGCCAGAAGGGUUUGGGAAUGAGCCCCCCCCUCACAUUUGAGGUUGCACUGAACUCUGAUCUUUUUACUCCUGCAGAAACAAACAUAAUGCAUUAUUUUUCUUGAAUCUUCAGCUUUUUCCACAAUCUCAGUUGAGCUUUGCAUUUGGAUGGGGGAUUUGGGGGGGAUGGGAUGACAAUGUGGUGGUGUUCUGAUCACAUGAAGGCAAAAAUAAAUUAAACUUUAAGGA